AUGAAUGCAAAUUUGGCAUGCGUAUUACAUGGUAAAAAUGAUCUUAGAAUGGAGAAACGUGAAAUACCGGUUCCGAAAUCCGGUCAAUUAUUGAUUAAAGUAUCCACCGUUGGAAUAUGUGGUACAGAUAUAAGUUUUUGGACUCGCGGUCAAAUUGGACCAUUUAAGCCAUUGAAGCCAAUGAUAAUGGGCCAUGAAUGUAGUGGCGUUGUUUCCGGUUUAGGAACGGAUGUUAAAGGAUUUACCAUUGGUGACAGAGUAGCGGUUGAACCAGGUGUACCAUGCCGAAAAUGUCAAUUGUGUAAACGUGGACGGUAUAAUUUAUGUCAUGAAAUGGAAUUUUUUGCACUUCCACCAACAGAUGGCGCUAUGCGACAAUUUGUCACCAUUGAUGCUGAUUACUGCUUUAAAAUUCCAAAUAAUAUGUCAAUGGAAGAAGCAUCAUUUUUAGAACCGCUUAGUGUUGGUUUACAUGCUUGUCGUAAAGCAAACAUAGGGAUUGGCAAUAAGGUAUUGGUUCUUGGUGCAGGUCCUGUUGGUUUAAUCACGAUGAUGAUAGCGAAAGCAACGAAUGCAACAAUGGCAUUGAUUACGGACAUUCGGGAUCAUCGAUUAGAGAUUGCUAAAGAAGUUGGCGCAGAUGAAACUGUUAAUGUUAGUGGUCUUAGUGCGCAAGAUGCAGUAGAAAUUAUUGUGGAGAAAUUGGGUGAAGCACCGGAUGUGGUCAUUGAAUGUUGUGGGGUACAAUCAAGUAUUGAAUUAGCUAUUAAGGCAGUGAAAGAUGGUGGUAAGGUUAUAUUGGUAGCAUUGGGUGCUGAAUAUGUAAAUGUUCCAAUACUUGAAGUGGUCGCCAAGGAAAUUAAUCUUCAUGGUGUGAUCAAAUAUUCUAAUACAUGGCCAGCAGCAAUCGAAAUGAUUCGAUCAGGAAAGAUCAAAUUGGAUAAGUUGACAUUAGCACAUUAUAAACUUGAUGAAGCAGUGGAAGCAUUUAAAUAUGCUCAAAAAGGUGAAGUUAUCAAAGUAUUCAUUGAUUGUGGUUCUUAG